AUGGCCAUGAGAACCAUUUCCUCAGCCCAAACGCUGAGGAAAAGCCAGGCAGAAAAUACACUCCUGGUUCUGAAGCGACAGGACCGUGGGGCAAGGUUCUUGGGCCUUGUGAGCCCCAAGUGGGUUCCCCGAGGCUCACGAAAGCUGAUCCCUGAGUGCAGGGCCAAGGAGGAAGGCCAAAGCCUCGCCAGGUGUGGCCCCCAAACCAAAGACAGGGAAUAUAGACGCCGCGGGAGCCACUGCAAAGUCUCCAACCCUAGAACUAGGGCAGAGCGGAAGCGGAAGUCGGCUCAGUGGGCGCCGCGCGGAAUUUUGAAAGAACCGGAAACGGGGCAAAGCGACUUCCGGCGGCGAGACCGGGAGUACCGAGGGAGCGUCCGCUAUGGCGACCAAGAGGCUGGCGCGGUACGCGGAGGGGCCCUGGUGCUGCCGAUGGGAGCCGGCCAGGGUGCAGCAUCAUGCUCCUUUCCCAGGACCGGGAGCGUAAAUGAAUAUCUUGGGUUAUUUUAUAUUUUUAGGCAGCUUGGGUUAAUUAGGAGAAAGGCAAUUGCACCAACUAAUGGAAGUCUAGGAAAAAGCAAAUCCAAACAGUUGUUUGACUAUUUAAUAGUCAUUGAUUUUGAGUCAACGUGCUGGAAUGAUGGAAAGCGCCACCAUGACCAGGAAAUAAUUGAAUUUCCAGCAGUAUUGUUGAACACAUCAACUGGAGAAAUUGAAUCUGAGUUUCAUGCUUAUGUUCAACCUCAGGAACACCCAGUACUUUCCAAAUUUUGCAUGGAAUUGACAGGCAUCAAGCAGGAUCAAGUUGAUGAAGGGGUCCCUCUGAAGAUUUGCUUAUCUCAGUUCUGUAAAUGGAUCCAUAAGAUUCAGGAACAGAAGAAAUUUGUUUUUGCUACUGGAGUUUUGGAUCUUUGUACUUCUGAGAAAAACUUGUGUGCAUUUGUCACUUGGUCAGACUGGGACUUGGGGGUUUGCCUGGAAUAUGAGUGUAAAAGAAAACAACUGUUAAAACCCACAUUCUUAAAUUCUUGGAUAGAUCUUAGAGUAACUUACAAGAUUUUUUAUAGGAGAAAACCAAAAGGACUAAGUGGUGCUCUGAAGGAAGUGGGAAUAGAAUUCUUAGGACGAGAACAUUCAGGCUUAGAUGAUUCUCGGAAUACUGCCCUUCUUGCUUGGAAAAUGAUCAGAGAUGGCUGCUUAAUGAAAAUUACAAGGUCCUUGAAAAAGGUUCCCACUAAGAAGAAUUCCAAUAUUCUAGCUAGAAAUUUGAAUGCAGAUCACACUGUUGAAACAACUACCUGGAGAAGCAACAUGCAGUCUCUAAAUGUAAGUGAAAAGGAAUCAAAAAAUGAGAUAAAUUCUCAUGGAAAAGUUCAGAUGCAAUCAACUGGUGUGAAUUCUCCUAUAAAGGAACAGCAAAAUCAAUUACUGUCAAAAAGCAGUGUAAAAACAGGUCUUCCCAACGUCAAAAGCUGCUUCUCUCCUUUGAAUACUAGACCCUCUACUUGUCUGGGGCAGUGGCCAUCUACCAGCAUGAAUCUGCCUAUCCCUCUGCAGAAGCAAGUACAAAAUGAACAUCUUGCUUUUAGUACUAAAUCAAAGUCUUCAACAGUUGGUUCAGAAUUGGUACUUGUUUCAACUACCCUUUCAUCUGUGAAUCAUGUGUCUAACAGGGAAAUGAGUUCUGCUCUUGACUGUUUACCUAUGUUGGCUGAUUGGGAGGAUGUUGCUUUACUUCCAGCCUCUCAGCCUGAAAACGACAUAGAGGGUAUGCCUCCCAUUAACGACUCAUCAGUAGGCACUUUCAGUUCUGGAGAAAGAAGAACGGUUCUAAAAGAAUUUGAAAUACUAAAUCAUGAAAAUGUUCAAGACAUGGAAGAAACUCCUCAGAAAUCUGAGACUUCUAAGUCUGUUGUGUAUAAAAGUCCUCACACUACUAUUUAUAAUGUAAAAAAAGCCAAAGAUCAGGGUUCAGAUGGUUCUGAUUUUAAAUUACCAGAAUGCAAAUCAAAUAUCUUACACACUGUUCACACCACUAUUUGGGGGAAACAGCCUCUUCUCUCAGGUGGUAUUAAAAGGUAUUCAUUGUCUCCCCAAGCUUUCCCACCUGCAAAAAAACAGACCUUCACUGUUCAUGAAGAAAAGCUUUCAACACCUGAAGUCUCCCCAGUGAGAAAUUCUGCACAGAAGAUACUUCCCUCUGUCUUAAAUUCUAAUGUUAACCUACAAGAUCCCUGGAAGAUUGGGAAAAUGACACCUCCAUUAUGCAAAUGUGGUCGAAGAUCUAAGAGACUUGUUGUUUCUAAUAAUGGGCCAAACCAUGGGAAAAUCUUCUAUUGUUGUCCUAUUGGGAAAUACCAAGAAAACAGAAAGUGUUGUGAUUACUUUAAAUGGGAACAUACACUUCAGAAGGAAAAAACCAAAAGCAUAGUGCUUUCUCAUUCCCCAAGGGAACACAAUUUUAGUGCUCCAGAAACAAGCCAUAUUGAUAACAGAAAUAUAAAUCUGACUACUAAAAAUUCAUUGAGACUUAGACCUUCAAUGAGGAAUUGA